AUGCGAAAACUAAUUAACCUGAGACAUCUUGAAUUGAACGGCAGUGGAGUAUCGGACUUGCCAAAAGGAAUCGGGAGAUUGACCUCACUUCGGACAUUAACUAGGUUUCCUAUUGGUGAUCAUUUUAGACGUGAUGUAUGCAAAAUAGGAGAACUGAAAAACUUAAACAGCCUCAGGGGAGGUCUUGUGAUAAGUGGGAUAGCUAAUGUGAAAGAUGCCGAGGAGGCUGGCGAAGCAGAAUUGAAGAAUAAGAAACACCUCCAUCAUUUGGAACUAGAGGAUUUUGGGCGGCUUGCCUCAGCUGCUUCAAAAGGUGUGGCCGAAGCUCUACGGCCUCAUCAAAACUUGAAGUCUUUAAAAAUAAGUUAUUACAUUGGUGCCACCGAGUUCCCCAGUUGGAUAGCGGCCUCAUCGUUGGCCCAAUUGAAAAAGCUUGAAAUUGUGUAUUGCCCACAGGUUACAAGUUUGCCUCCAUUGGGGGAACUACCUCUCCUUGAAAGCCUGAGAAUAGAGAAUAUGGAGAGACUGAAAUACGUGGGUGGUGAGUUUUUGGGAUCUUCAACAACUGCAUUCCCAAAGCUGAAGCACCUCUGUUUUAAUGAUAUGAAAAAGUGGGAGAAGUGGGAAGUAAAAGAAGAAGGGAGGUCAGUAAUGCCAUGUCUCCACUCCUUCACCACAAAUAAAUGCCCCAAGCUGGAAAGCCUGCCCGGGCGCCUUCUCCAGAUAACUACACUACAGGAACUGAAUAUCCUCGGCUCUCCUACUCUGCAAGUUCGUUACCAUGCGGGGACAGGGCAGGAUUGGUCCAAAAUAUCUCACAUCCAGAGAGGUAAUUGA